AUGAAUGAAUCUCGAGGAAAGAGGCCAUUUAAAAUAUGGGAUGGUUUUAGAAACAUAAGAAAAAGCUUAGUGGCCUCCAGCUUAAAAGACCUUGAAAUACGUGGCAAAGAGAAACUAAAUAUCGCGCAGAAUGAGUCCGUUAGAUUGGUACUUGAAACUGACGGUACACAAAUCGAAGAUCCCGAAUACUUUAAAACACUACCAAACAACACAACUGUGUUACUGCUCAGGAAUGAUGAGUAUUGGUACCCAGCUGGAGUUGACGCCAUUAAAACAGCGAUUGCCGCGAUACCAAAGAUUGUUUGUGAAACAAUUCAUGCACUAGAAUUACAAAAUGAGACCCCUUCGUGGAAAAUAAUGGACAAUAAAGGCCGGGUCACGGUCGUGUUGCAUUGGGACCAGCGAAAUCAAAAUUAUCGCGCCUCUAGUAGUGGCGGAAUGGAUGCAUCCCCGUCUAAAAAAACAACUUACCAAACAAACGGUGUCGGUGUCGGUGGACUACUGAUGGAGAAUAACGGCAAACUUAAAAGAGAUUUUGAACAAUCGUAUCAGCAUCAUCAAUCCGUACCCACUAUUUACCGACACGGUUCCACGCCUCAAAUUACUGUCAUUCACCAUGACGCUAUAUCAACACAAUCCGACCGCUUGGGUCAAAUGCAGCAGCAACAACAACAGCAGCAACAGCAGCAGCAGCAGCAGCAACAACAACAAAUAGGCUACCGGCUCUUAAAACAAGGCAGCGGUUCCAUGGACGCGGCGGCCAUACACGUGCACACAUCGGAGUGCGCACAUUAUGCGCCGCUGCCUCCACUCCAUCACGGGGCCAACAAUGGCGUCGGGGCACCGGCCACUGGUUCACCGAGGGCCAGCAGCCCUGCGCGGGACCCGUCGACCGGUGCGCACUUGCCACCGCCGCCGCUGCCUUCGUCCGUGGACAACGGGUUCGAGUGUGACUUCCAUUGCUGCGCGCUGCACGAGGAGGGUCGCCGGAUCGCGGUGCACAAAUCGGUGGCCACGUCGCCCAUACAGGAAUGCCACCAUGCACAGCCGCCGCCGUUGUCAUCGUCGUCAUCAUCGCAACAGCAGCCCACGUCCUCGCUGUCUGACGGCACGCGUCGCGCAUCGCCCAAGGGUCACGUCCGGUUCCUGGACGCAAACGGAUCGCCACCACUGCCCCCACCACCACUUCUACCGCCGUCAUCGCCCGCGUCGACCGUCCAACAACAGCAGGCGCCGGGUGGCCCGCGAAAGCACCACCAGCACCACCACAAUCACCAGCAACAGCAGCACCAGCGCUCCGACGAUAGCUCCGAGUCCGAGACGGAGACCACUGUGAUCGAGGAUGACUCGAUGACCAGCGAAAAGUUUUUGCUGCUCAUCGACCAGCUGACCGGCAAACAGGACAAGCAUCUGACCGUCAAGGACAUCGGCAUCAUACUGGAACGGCUCAACUCGAAAAUCGUGGAUGUCGAGCGGCUGGACCGUGACUACGAGGCCACCGACUGCUACAAUUGGACCAUCAAGGCGACAAUACGCGGCGACGUGCUCCAGGAGCUGGGCAUCAUAUAUAACGGCAGUUACUACGGCAUAUCCGAGCACCCUGGGUACCGGCAAAACGACGAGGAGUUGGCCAACGAGGACGACGAGGAAGUGUUGGACGAUGACGACGACGACGGCGAAAACAACGCCGACAACGGUGGCGAGCAUGGACGAAGUGCUGGAGCCAACUGCAGGAACGACCGUAAUCGACGUCGCGCCGACGAAGAGGUUAACAUUUAAAUAAUUAAAACAUAUGUAUUUAUAUAUAAAUUCCUGCUACGGUAUAUAAUCAUUCAAAUAUAUAUAUAUGCGAACCAAGACACACACACACACACACACACACACACACACAUACAAAGUAUACGUAUCAUCUUAUAUACUUGCGCGAACGGUGGUACAACAGUGACAAUCGCUAUAAAUAACGGUUUAGCAUAAUUCGACAACAUCGCCUACCGGUUUUACUAUUUUUUUGCAUGAGCAUAUCAUUGCAGUACUGUUUUGCAUAACGUUAGUGGUAAAAAUGAAGAGAAGACGCGAAUGGUGAACAAGUGAAAAAUUGAAGUAAAAACCACAAAUCCUGCUAAAACCCAUGGGUUACUUACGUAUGUGUAACAUGGACAUAACGAUAAUUACACAAUUACACGUUUUAUUUCAUUAUCAUAUGCUCCUGUCAUGCACCAUACAGUAACGCCUUGCCAUGAACCGCAUUUUCCUUUUGUGUACCGUGAUUGUUUUUAUAUGCUUCCGGUAAUUAUUUUUUCGUAUCAUCUUCGUGCUAAUACACACACACAUACACACACACACACACACACACACACACA